UCUGACUGUUUUCUCUCUUUUUUUCUCAGUAAACAAGCAGACAAAAUGGAAACAAAAACAAUCCCUCAAAAUGGAUUACGCGUCCGUGUUAUAAAGUAUCACCCCACUUCCCUUUGUCACCUCUCUUUCUUUCUCUCUCCUUCGCUCUUUUAUGUAUUAUCAAUACUCUGCUUUAGAACUUUCUAGUCGUCUGUUUUCUUUUUCAUUUUUCUCUUGAUGGGUGCCGGUUUCUCUGCUUUGUUCAUCAGCCAAGAAGGUUUGUCAUCUGUUUCUUCAUCAUCGCCCAGUUUGGGGGACUUACCUGAGAGCUGUGUGGCAUCAAUUAUUGGGUAUUUGGAUCCUCCAGAGAUAUGUAAAGUGGCAAAGUUGAACAGAGCAUUUAGAGGUGCUUCUUGGGCUGAUUUUGUUUGGGAAUCGAAAUUGCCACCCAAUUAUCAAAUUCUUGUUGAUAAAAUUCUAGGCGUUGUGCCUGAAAAUUUGGGUAAGCGAGACAUAUAUGCAAGGCUCUGUGGAGUUAAUACUCUUGAUGGUGGCGCCAAGAAAGUAUGGCUAGAUAAGAGCACAGGUGGUGUUUGCAUGUCAAUCUCUUCAAAAGGAUUACAAAUAACGGGGAUUGAUGAUCGAAGAUAUUGGAAUCAUAUUCCUACUUUGGAAUCUAGGUUCUGUUCGAUUGCAUAUCUUCAGCAAAUAUGGUGGUUUGAAGUUGAGGGGGAAGUGGAAUUUCCCUUUCCGGCAGGAUCCUACAGCGUUUUCUUCAGACUGCAGCUAGGUCGUGCCUCUAAGAGGUUUGGUCGCCGAAUCUGCAAUUCUGAGCAUGUCCAUGGUUGGGAUAUAAAACCAGUAAGGUUUCAGCUAUGGACUUCGGAUGGUCAAUAUGCCACAUCUCAGUGUACUUUGAGUGAUCCCGGAGAAUGGUUUCAUUACCAUGUGGGGGACUUCAAUGUCGAGAACUCGAAUUCAUCAACUAAGAUUAAGUUAUCUAUGACUCAAAUUGAUUGCACCCAUACAAAGGGUGGUCUCUGUUUAGACUCUGUUGUCAUUUACCCUAGUAAAUUCAGAGAAAGGUUAAAGCACGAAGGAUUUUUAAAGUGCUAACUAAGCCCAUGUAAUUAGAAGUUUCUAUUUUGUAGAGAGGUAUACAUAUUCAAUGAGAGUAUAAUCAAAGUUCUAGCUGGUUUUUUGAGGGUUAGAGACUUAAAAGGAGUCAAAUUGUGUAUAAAUCAUGUUUUCGCUUUAAGAAGAUGGUAUUUGUGUUUUAAUGGAACACUUAGGGAUGGAAUUGAAUCGAGUUGAGUUAAUAUAGUGAAAAGUUUGAAUUUAAUUUGGAAUUUAUUUUU